UGGCUAGUUCAUGUAAAAUACAGAAGGAGUGCAGAAGGUCCAGAGCAGGAUGCUACCUUGUUAUGUCAAAUAUUAAUUAUCAGUCCACUCAUAUUCCUGAAGCAAUGGAUUCAGAAACGGGAAAGUUGUCAAAAUAUCAGCUACUAGAUUUGCCCUGGGAGGAUGUCUUAGUCACACAUGUUUUCUCCUACCUCCCCUUGCGACACUUGGUUACCCUGCAGAGGGUCAGCAAGCAGUUUUGUUCCUUCAUCCAGGUGUAUCUUGCAAACUGCCGAACGUUUGACCUCAGCCAGGUUGGGCCUCACAUUCCCAAGGAGGCCUUCUGCUCUAUCCUGAGUGACAACAAAGUCCUCCAAAACUUGUCCGUCCAGAACUGCUCUGAUUGGAUCUCUGACAAGGAGCUCCUCCCUGUCAUCGGCCAGAACCCCCACCUGCAGCGGGUGGACAUGCGCAGCUGCGCCGGCCUGAGCCGCCACUCACUGGUGGCCGUGUCGCUGAGCUGCCUGCGCCUGCAGCACCUGAGCCUGGCCCACUGCGAGUGGGUGGACAGCCUGUCGCUGCGGAGCCUGGCCGACCACUGCAAGGGCCUGCGCUCGGUGGAUCUGACCGCCUGCCGGCAGCUGAAGGACGAGGCCAUCUGCUACCUGGCGCGCCGCUGCCAGGCGCUGCGUUCGCUCUCCGUGGCCGUCAACGCCAACGUGACCGACGAGUCCGUGGAGGAGGUGGCCAAGAGCUGCCGCGAGCUGGAGGAGCUGGACCUGACGGGCUGCCUGCGGGUGCGAAAUGAGGCCAUCAGGACUGUGGCCGAGUACUGCCCCAAGCUGCGCUCGCUGAAGGUCAACCACUGUCACAACGUCACUGAGUCCAGCCUGGGUGUGCUGCGGAAGCGGGACGUGGAGAUCGACGUGGACCCGCCCCUGCAGAGGGCCCUGGUGCUGCUGCAGGACGUAGUGGGCUUCGCCCCCUUCAUCAACCUCCAGAUUUAGGCCUCAUGGUCGCCUGAGGGGUGGGUGGUGUGGACUGUGACAGGUUUCACCCACACCACUGCUCAUUGUGAAGACUCCCCAUCCAGCCCAGUGUGCUGAGCAGUGCAAUUACAUGCGUUUAUCAACGGGAAUCUGGAGUGGGAAUGGGAGUCGAUGAACUGAUUAUUUAUUGUUCGAUGCAAAUCCAUACAGUGAACACGAUGCUCCGUGUGGCUACCUAUUGCACUUCAAGUAACACUUGGUUUGAGCUGGCCUUUUUAUCUUCAGCGCCGAUCCGCUAUAAGUAAGCAUGGUGCGAUUUACAUGGUAUUAGGUUAUGUAGUUCAUGUCGUAGUCACUUUCAGCACAGGGACAUGCAUUCUCUGUGAUAGGUUAAGUUGAAUGAAGUGUUUCUUCAUUUGCACCGGCGAAAGACUGAUGAGGCAAACCUUUGCACUUUUCAUAAUUUCUGUCACAACUGUAUUUGUAAAUAUUUUGCUGUUCAUACAAAUGGUUAUCAUACCUAGUUUUCACAUUUCAAAAGUUAAGGAUUCUACUGGUGUUUAGCCACACUGAAGCUUCUUAUAAUGACAAAUCCCAUUUAAAGAACUUCAUGUUGUUCAAUACACUUGUAUUGGAGGAUUUAUGUCAAGACUGCAUAUGUAGGUUUCACUAUUCUGCUUGUGUUUAUGUCUUAAGUCCUCCUUUACAUUUCAUUUUUCCAGCUGUGUUCAGUUGACCUAGACGUCUCUGUGACUUUUGGUUUAUAAUUCCUCUUAGUUUAGGACAAGGUGCACAAGUUAAUGGCUUUCAAAAAUGCUAUAAAGUAUUUGCAAUAUAUUACCCACGUAUGCAGUUAGAUAUCUGUGUAGAAACUAAAUUAAUUGCAAGUUAACUGAAACACGUAGUCAAGUAAUUAAGGUAAAUAGAUAGGGUUUUCCUCACAAUUUAACAAAAUGGUUUUGUUAUCUUGAAAAGGCAGUCCAGUUUCAAUUCUGUUUAUGUAGCACUUGAACUGGUGACAUUCCUCUGCCAGUUUGGGUUUCACUUGCCUUUACCUCAGUUCAUUUUAAAAAUGUAAUUUCCCUUUCUCUGAUUUUUUUUAGACAAUGUAUCUUCUUUGCAUUGUAAAAGAAUCUUUGGGUUUACAAAACACAUUAUGAUUGAGGAUGUUUGUCUGAAAUUCACCAAAUGUGUCCAGAGGUCUGUCAUUGUAUUAUUUUGUGGCAUCAUUUUAUGCCCAGAGUAUACCUCAGACUCUUCUUCUUCUUUGGAGGCUGUUUUUGUUGCAACUUGAAAAUAUGAUUUGCAGAUAUAAACUUUGUUUGCUUUUUGCAAUGUACAGUAAAGGGAAACAGGAUCACCCUCA